GGCCUGCCUUCGAGUCUGGCACUCUGGUUGAGUCCGAGACUCUCACUACAUCCUUUGCACCCGUGCCCGUUCUCACCCAAUGGCCAACGUAAUGAAUCCCGACAUACCCUCUCAUUAGGUCGCACAUAACUCAAAUUACUCGUGCGCCCGCCCGCCGCAUCCACACCAGCCUCUCAGCUUCCAUCAGAUCCAUACAGUAUCUGGGGUACACUUCCGGAUCGGACAUGUGUGCGGGACCGGUCCCGUGGGAAACACACACGCACACCCCAAGAUGCGUGAGCGUGAUCUGGCGUCCGGAAGCAGCGUCGGGCGGUCGGCCAUCUGCGGAACCACGCGCGCACGUUUUCCACGCAGAACUUGGCAACGAUGCCUUGUGCUGCAUAUAAGUAGGGUGAAUUCCCAGCCGUCCGUGUGUAUCGCCUGUCCAGUGAAGCAAGCUCUUCUCCCCCCCUUACCCCCACUCUCCUUCGUGUGUAUUGCGAGUCGCGUGGAGCAAGCUAGCUCUUUCCUCCUCGACCGCCAUGAGUUCAGCCGAUGCUCUGGGUGCGGAGCAGGCGCUGCUUCUCCAGCUGCUCAAAGACUCGACACUGACCAACGAGCUCGCUGUCGCUGCACUGAGCAUUGUCGUAGUCGAGCACAUCGCCACGCUCAGGGACGAGAUCGACCUUGUUUGGAGGACACGGAUCAGCCUCGCAAAUGUUUUCUAUAUUUGGAUCCGAUAUUUCACGCUCGGGGUGAUCUGUUUCUCUGUCUACAACCUGGUGCGACCGCAGGAUUCUGACCGAUUGUGAGUUCGCCAUGUGCUGCGGCCCUUGCCAAGUCUGUGCGGCGCGGCUGACUGGACUCGAUUCGUGUCUCUCUCUCUCUCUCGUUCUCUCGCAUAGCUGCCAAAACUUUUUCUACGUCUUAUUAUCAACAUGCACAUUGAUUGUCGUGUCGGCGGACUUCAUCCUGGCGCUGCGAGUGUGGAUUCUGUUCCACCGGUCCAGGACACUGCUGUACUUUCUCGUUCCCCUCUUGAUGGCUGAGCUGACCGGGAUGCUGGUGACCGGUUAUUUCGCCAUCGUCGACCUAAAAGUCUACGUGCACGCACCCGGAUUGACUGGAUGCUAUUCACAAGACGUUCCGAGGCUGCUCACCUACUACGCCGUCCCCCCGUUCUUGAUGGCCACGACCAUGUUCGCUAUGACGCUCCAUAGGUGUCGGUUAUCGCUCGUGACGUCCCGGGCCUUCGGCCGUGGUCCCAUCAUCGCCAUGUUCCUGCGCGACGGCGUGUUUUGGUUCUUGGGUGUCGUCCUGCUUGCGACUGCGGAGAUUGUCAUUUGGCACACAGCGCGGCCGACGCUCGCCCAGCUCCCCAUUCUCCCCGCGACAUCAUUGAUCGCUAUGAUCGGUGCCCGCGUCGUCUUGAACAUCAAGCAAAUAGCUGCAAAUCGCGGGUCGGGGAUCGAGCCGCGCGCAUUGUCCAGCUUUCCCGUGGUCACCCCGUCCAUUGCGAUCCGUGCGUACACGACGAGCCAUGUGUAUUAUGAGGAGGAGGAAGUGUAUGCACGCCAGGACGUGGAGAUGUGAUUCAGGGACUCGGGACCCAGGGACUACUUGUAUGUUGGUUGAUUUCAAAAGUGUAUGUAGAUAUAUCGAGACAAUGUUCAGCAAUCUUUGUAUAGUA